ACCCUCCUUUGAUGACUCUCUUGUCUUCUUCUUGUUUAUUUUCUUCUCUGAUGGGUUAAUAAUGCUCUGAGCGUUUUUUCUUUUUCUUUUUGGUUGAGAAGCUCGAUUUUUAGCUUCUUCCUGUUGCUGUUGUUUGCUUUGUGGAAAGCUUGGAUUUUUGUUUUUCUGAGGUUACUUCUCGAUGGCGAAUGUAGUAGAUGCUGAUUUCGGAAGAUCAGGAUCUAAUGACGGUCAAUUGUACACGGAGCUAUGGAAAGCUUGUGCAGGGCCACUUGUGGAAGUUCCUCGUUCUGGUGAAAGAGUUUUUUACUUCCCUCAAGGUCACAUGGAACAAUUGGUGGCUUCGAGUAAUCAAGGAGUCGUUGAUCAAGAAAUACCAGUUUUUAAUCUUCCUCCGAAGAUACUUUGCCGUGUUCUUAGUGUUAUGUUGAAAGCAGAGCAUGAGACUGAUGAGGUCUACGCUCAGAUCACAUUACACCCAGAAGAAGAUCAAAGUGAACCCACAAGCCUUGAUCCACCAUUAGUCGAACCAGCUAAACCAAAGGUUGAUUCGUUUGUGAAGAUUCUAACAGCUUCUGAUACAAGCACUCAUGGUGGAUUCUCAGUCCUCCGUAAACACGCCACUGAGUGUUUGCCUUUACUUGAUAUGACUCAAGCUACACCGACUCAGGAGCUUGUAGCUAGAGAUCUCCACGGCUAUGAAUGGAGGUUUAAGCAUAUAUUUAGAGGUCAACCGAGGAGGCAUUUACUUACAACAGGUUGGAGUACAUUUGUAACAUCAAAAAAACUUGUAGCUGGAGAUGCAUUUGUUUUCUUGAGGGGUGAAACCGGGGAUUUACGGGUUGGCGUGAGACAUUUAGCUAGGCAGCAAAGCACGAUGCCCGCAUCCGUUAUUUCCAGUCAGAGUAUGCGUUUGGGAGUUCUUGCUACAGCUUCUCAUGCCGUUAAUACAAAAUCUAUAUUUAUUGUGUUAUAUAAACCAAGGAUAAGCCAAUUUAUAAUCAGUGUGAACAAGUUUAUGGUGGCAAUGAAGAACGGGUUUUCUUUCGGUAUGCGGUUUAGGAUGAGAUUUGAAGGAGAAGAGUCUCCUGAGAGAAUAUUUACAGGUACUAUUAUUGGUAGUGGAGAUCUAUCUUCUCAGUGGCCAGCUUCAAAAUGGAGGUCACUGCAGAUCCAAUGGGACGAGUCAUCCUCUAUUCAAAGACCAAACAAGGUUUCACCAUGGGAGAUCGAGCCUCUCUCACCAUCCGCGCUAACCCCUACGCCUACUCAUCCACAAUCCAAGUCCAAACGGUCCAGACCAAUUGAUUCAUCAGUUUCAGAAAUCACAGGGAGUCCUGUAGCUUCUAAUUUCUUGAGCAGCUUCUCGCAGAGCAACGAGUCUAAUCCAUCAGGCAAACUGCUGUUCCAUGAUCCAGCAACCGAGAGAAACGUGGACAAAACGGUGCUGUCAAGCGGAUUACAAGGCAAGAACUCAGAGGCUCCGGGCACAAGUUGCUGUAGGCUAUUCGGAUUCGAUCUCACGAGCAAGCCUGCUUCUGCUCCAGUUCCUCCUGACAGGCAACUAAUAAGUGUGAAUUCAAACAACUCUGAUUCUACCACCAAGUGUCAAGAUCCUAACUCGUCUAACUCAACAAGAGAGCAGAAGCAACAAACAUCCACAAGAAGCCGAACCAAGGUGCAAAUGCAAGGAACAGCGGUUGGUCGCGCGGUUGAUUUAACAUUGUUAAGAUCAUACGACGAACUAAUCAAAGAGUUAGAGAAAAUGUUUGAGAUUGAAGGAGAACUUAAUCCUAAAGACAAAUGGGCUGUUGUGUUUACAGACGAUGAAGACGACAUAAUGCUCGUAGGAGACGACCCGUGGGAUGAGUUUUGUAAAAUGGCGAAGAAGUUGUUCAUAUAUUCGAGUGAUGAGGUCAAGAAAAUGAGCUCAAAGUCGUUGUUGGAUGAUGAAGCUACGAUAGUAAAUCUUGAAUCGGAACAGAGGACAGUUCAAGAUUAAUGAAGAACGAAAAUGAUUUCUAUCUUUCUUGGAUCCUCCUCACACCGAGUUGCGAAGUUAGGUGGGCUUUUAUGUGUUUUGCUUUUGAAAUUAGGUGGGUUUGUUAUUUAACAUAAAAGACUAUAAUAUAAUUAAUAUAUAUCAACUAUAUAUAAUAAGAUAGACGAAUGCACUAAGUAUCAUCAUAUUUAGGCUCUAGACGGCGUCGAUAUGUGUGAAGUGAUAGCUUUUUCGACGUGGCUUUCGUUUCGUCGUCAUUACUAAUGAAUGAAUUAUGAAUGAUGAUGUGUUA